AAUGGUUCAAUGGAAAGACGUUAAGAAUAAUCUAUGUGGCGAAAACAAUGUUAAAAAACAUACGACACAGGUGCCCAUUUUUGAAGAGCAUUCUCACACUAACCAUGAAAAAAAUACUAGUAUCAAUAGAAGGAAAAAUAAAUUUAAACUUGUUAAUUAUGAAAAUCCUGUGAAACAUGAAAAAUCUAAAAUAAACUCAGACAAUAUUAAAAGAAAUUACAAAUCGAAUCUAGUUAUUCAAACAAGAGUAAAGAAAAUAAAAGGAAAUUUAAAGAAAAAUAACAUACCCUGCCCCUCGUAUCGUAAAUUUGGAAAAUGUUUAAGAAGUCUACGUGGGAAUUGUGAUUUUCUGCAUGAUAAAAAACAUAUCUCAAUUUGUCGAAAAUUUAUCAAAGGCCUAUGUCACGACAGCAACUGCCUAUUGUCUCAUGACUUAACAACUAAGAAAAUGCCUACCUGUUACUUUUACUUACAAGGGACGUGUACUAAGGCAGAAUGCCCAUACUUACAUGUUAAGUUAAAUGAAAAGACAAAGAUAUGCCCAGAUUUUGUAAAGGGCUACUGUGAAAAAGGUAGUAAGUGUUUGCAACGACAUGUGAAUGUUUCUACAAAUACGAAAAAUAAGCUCUCUUCCCAAAUAAAAGAACCAUUUAUAAAUAAACGUAAUCCGAAAAUAAUUAAAGGCAUUAAUAAGAUAGAAAGACAACAGACCAAAGUGAUGCCGAAGAUGGAAAAAAGAAUUCUCAGUAGUGCUAAAUCGUUAGAAGAUGGAGAUGAAAAAUACUCUGAUCAUAAUAGAUACUACAAAGAACAGAAAGAGGACCAGUGUACUAAUGAAUCCUAUGAAAUAAAGCCCACCAGAUGUAAAUUAGGAACAUUACCCUCAUUCAUACAGUUGUAGUAUUUUUAUACGAUCAUGAAAAAAAAACAAAAUUAUGUUUUUCUGGGUUUCUGUAUUUUUUCCAAUGGAAAGAUUUAACUAAAGAAGAAUUUAUAAUGCUUGAGUGAUGACGAGGAAAAUGACUUAAAUAAGAUGGUAGGAGGACACUGUGAUAGUGUAAUAUUUUUGUACUGUUUUGUAAAAUUAAUCCAAUCUGUAUUGGGUUCAAUAAAAUAAAAUGUUUACCUAA